CGUCGACACAGCACAAAAUCGUCGUCGUCUCGGUUGGAACAGCGUCCGUUCCGCGAAAAAGUUUAAAUUAAGAGUUGAAUUGCAAAUGUUUAAUAAAUAAGGUGUUGAAAACAGUAAAUAUGCGCAAACGCAAAUUGUAUAUACUUUGAACGAUUGAUAAUAGGUGCUGCCAGUAGCGUAAACAAGGAAUUGCAACUUUUGCCUUGCACGCCUCACAGAUCACAGCAUAACAAUAUAACAUGGAUAUGCAAGUCGAACUUUGAAUUCAAAAUUCAAAAUCCUAAUUUCAUUGUAAGUAGUCUAGUUGACUAUCCCAGGCGAGGCUACAAGCCAAAAACGAUUAAAGGCACAGCUGAAAGUAAAGCGUAAUUUUUGUGAAGCAACUAUAAAAGCAACAACAGCAAAAGAGCGGAAAGCACAAAUACCUCUGAAGCCAAACCAUGACGACUGACACCCGCCGACGUGUUAAGCUCUAUGCACUGAAUGCUGAACGGCAAUGGGAUGACCGUGGUACUGGACACGUCUCCUCGACAUAUGUGGAGCGUCUCAAGGGCACAUCGCUGCUAGUGCGUGCUGAAUCAGAUGGUUCCUUAUUGUUGGAGAGUAAGAUACAGCCGGAUACGGCUUACCAGAAGCAACAGGAUACGCUUAUUGUCUGGUCAGAGGGCGAUAACUUCGAUCUGGCGCUGAGCUUUCAGGAGAAGGCUGGUUGUGAUGAGAUAUGGGAGAAGAUAUGUCAGGUGCAGGGCAAAGAUCCAUCCGUUGAAAUAACGCAGGACAUUGUUGAAGAGUCAGAGGAUGAGCGUUUUGAGGAUAUGUCAGACACAGCACCACCAAUCGAGUUGCCGCCGUGUGAGCUGUCGCGACUCGAGGACAUAUCCGAGACAAUACAAAGUUGCCUUUCUACGCCGCUGCGAAAGGAGAAAUUGUCCAUGGCCCUGGAAUCGGAGAACUACAUUAAGAAGCUUUUGAAUCUGUUUCGCACUUGCGAGGAUCUCGAGAAUACUGAGGGGCUGCAUCAUCUGUUUGAAAUAUUCAAGAACAUUUUCUUGUUAAACAAAAAUGCUCUUUUCGAGAUAAUGUUUGCGGAAGAUACAAUUUUCGAUGUGGUCGGCUGCCUGGAGUAUGAUCCGUCUCAUGCACAGCCCAAAAAGCAUCGCCAGUAUCUGAAGCAAUUGGCUAAAUUUCGCGAAGCCGUGCCGAUCAAGAAUAUGGAUCUAUUAGCAAAAAUUCAUCAGACGUUUCGCGUGCAGUAUAUUCAGGAUAUCAUACUGCCUACGCCAUCAGUCUUUGUCGAGGAUAAUAUGCUGAACACGUUAUCAAGCUUUAUAUUCUUCAACAAGGUUGAGAUUGUUACGCUCAUACAGGAAGAUGAACGUUUCCUGCUAGAUCUAUUCACACUGCUCACGGAUCAAGAAACUACCGAUGCCAAGCGACGUGAUAUAGUUCUGUUUCUGAAAGAGUUCUGCAAUUUCGCACAAAAUUUGCAGCCACAGGGCAAGGACUCGUUCUACAAGACACUCACCUGUCUGGGAAUAUUGCAGGCUCUUGAGCUGACUUUGGUCAUGAACGAUACAAAAACCAAGUCGGCUUCCAUCGAUAUACUUACGGCCAUUGUUGAAUUCUCGCCGUUGGUGGUGCGCAAUUACACUUUGAAUCAGGCCAAUCGACCGGAGGGCGAGCCUAUGUUGCUCAACAUUGCCAUUGAACAGAUGCUAAAUGAUUCUGAGCCGGAAUUGGGCAUAGCCGUGCAGUUGAUGGGCAUUAUUAAGAUAUUGCUUGAGCCGGAAAAUAUGUUGACUGAGAAAGGAGAUUUCCUGAACUUUUUCUACAAGUACAGCGUCCAAACGCUAGUUGCGCCUCUAAUGCUUAAUACAAUGGGCGAUCGUCCACUGAACGAGGAUUAUCUGACUGCCCAGCUCUUGGGCAUUGUGCUGGACAUUUUGUCAUUUUGCGUGGAACAUCAUAGCUAUCAUAUUAAGAAUUUCUUGUUGCAAAAAGAUCUCCUCAAACGAAUUCUAGUGCUGAUGAAGAGCACACAUACGUUCCUUGUACUUGGGGCCUUGCGGCUGCUGCGCAAGAUAAUUGCACUCAAAGAUGAGUUCUACAACAGACACAUUGUCAAGUGCAAUCUAUUCGCGCCUGUGGUGGAUGCUUUUAUUCGUAACAAUGGUCGCUAUAAUCUGCUCGAAUCGGCCAUACUGGAAUUAUUUGAGUUUAUAAAACUUGAAGAUAUUCGCACGCUGUGCGUAUACUUCGUGGAGAACUUUAGCAAGAUAUUUGAUGAAAUCGAAUAUGUGCAAACAUUUAAAUACCUAAAGAAUCGUUAUGAUCAGUACCAGGAUAGGCUGAAAGACCGCGAUAAGUUGGAAAAUCGCACCGAUGGAACUCUGCCAAUGAUACGUAGCAGCAGUCGUUUCCGUCGUGAUCAGCGUCAAAUGGAGGAGGAGGAGGAGCUGUGGUUCAACGAUGAUGAUGACUUUUCCGAGGAAAUCGACACUUACAACAAUGUGAUGAAAUCUGUCAGCGAAAAAAAUGGCACCCAGCAAACACAAAAUCAAUCGCCACAGCAAAAAUCAUCGCCGCCGCAUAGCACGUCGCCGCAUGGCGUCGGCUUAUUGGGCAAUCUUAAUUCCACAGCGAUUGCAACUGCCACCUCAGUAUCAGUGCCGACGGCAAGUGGCGGCAGUAGCCCUGAGGCGACGAGCUCUGUUGAUGAGCAGGCUCAGGCUGCAGUACAGUUAGCCGCCGCUGCCAACAUUGCACUGCAACAACAGCAGCAACAGCAACAGCUGCAGCAACAACAGCAGCAGCAGCAACUUCAACAACAGCAACUACAACAGCAGCACUCAUUCCAGCAACAGCCAACGUUGUCGUUGAAUAGCACACUUGUGGCAGCAGCCGCUGCAGCUGCCGUCGCUUCCACAUCGAAUGCAGCCGCUGUGGCGCAACUGGAAAGCCAGCAACAAGAACAACAGCAACAACAACAGCAGCAGCAGCAGCAGCAGCAACAACAAGAGCAGCAGCCCCAACAGCCUCAAUCCGAGAUUGCGGAGCUGCAGCAACAGUUGAACGCGGUAGUGCCGCAGAAUUCGGAGCUUGCGCAGUCUGCCGUAUCAAAUGGUUCCCCGACAUCGUCGCCGACGGCGGUAUCAGCAUCAUCCACGUCACCAAUGGAAACGUCCACAUCGUCUGCGUCGCCAACAUCUUCGGCAGCCACGGCGCUGUGCGAUUCGGCAACAGUGGUCGCUGUGGCAGCGUCUCAAUUUUUAUCGACGAUUGCAACAGCCAUGGCUGCCUCGGUAACGGCAGCAGUCAGCACGCCCAGUCUAGCUACUCCUGUGGCCAGCGAGGACAACAGCGAGCCGCAGACCCAGACACCUGCCACAGAUGCCAGCGAUGCAGUGCUUAAGUUGAAUGAGGAGAAGCCGGCGCUUAGCGCGGAACCGACAACGGGCAAUGACGCCGAUAAGGCCACCAAAAAGGGGCUGGUGGACUAUGAAAGCGAUUCUGGUGAGGAUGAUUAUGAGGAGGAAGAGGACUCGGAUGGGCCCCAAGCACAAAAGCGCGCGCGCCUUGCAUAGUUAUUGGGCAUCAGUCAUCAGGCGGCAUCAAUUAUAAAAUAGUAUAAACACACCUACUUCUCAUAUAUAUACACACACACACACAACAAACACGUAUACUCACUCCUCAACGGAUGUAAGGGUUGACAAGUGGGCGAAGCAACAACACAACAACAAGAGGGCUGCAGCAACAAUCGUAGGGCACACACACACACACAGAGUGACAGAGGGAGCGAGUGAGAGAGAGAGAGAAAGAGGUAGAGAGCGGUACGAUGUAAGAUCGAA